AUUAUCAUGCCAUUACCCACCACAAUCAUAACCAUAACACCACCGUCCACCUCCUGCCCUGCUCCAAUUUUCCCACCAAAUCGCCCUCAUUUCCCGCCCAGAAAUCUGUUUACUACAAAAACCAUCCUCCACAACCACAGACCAACAAUGGCAAAUCUUUCUGGGUUCGGUUUCAGUAUUGGGUCCCGACUGGUGGCUUCUUCCGGUACUAGUGGCAGUGUUGCCGAUGAUGAGGUGCGCACCCUGAUUGAGUAUGCGGCCGGCGAGGGAGGUGCCACUGUAGGAGAUGAUCUGGUGCUUCUGUUCCACCAAUUACAGUACGCCUGCAAGAGAAUCGCAGCUCUUGUAGCUUCUCCUUUCAAUUCCAGCCUUGGGAAGCACAAGGGUCUCUCUGGCGGCGGCGCUUCGGCUGCUGGGUCAGGCCGGGAUGCACCGAAGCCUCUCGAUAUCGUUUCGAAUGAAAUCAUCUUGUCCUCUCUUAAAAAUUCUGGAAAAGUAGCUGUCAUGGCUUCAGAAGAAGAUGAUACUCCAAUUUGGAUAACCGAUGAUGGCCCAUUUGUGGUGGUAACGGAUCCUCUAGAUGGUUCUCGAAAUAUUGAUGCGUCCAUUCCCACUGGAACCAUUUUUGGGAUUUAUAAACGCCUUCCGGAGCUGGAUCAUCUACCAAAGGAGGAGAAGGCUUUGCUGAAUUCACUCCAGAAGGGAACUAAUCUUGUUGCUGCCGGCUAUGUUCUUUAUUCAUCUGCCACAAUAUUCUGCACCAGCUUUGGUUCAGGAACACAUGCAUUCACGCUGGAUCAUUCAACAGGAGAUUUCAUUCUCACACACCCAAGCUUAAAAAUUCCUCCUCGAGGGCAAAUAUAUUCUGUAAAUGAUGCUCGAUAUUUUGACUGGCCCAAUGGAUUAAGGCAAUACAUAGACACUGUGAGACAAGGGAAAGGCAGAUACCCCAAGAAGUACUCUGCGCGUUAUAUCUGUUCUCUGGUAGCAGAUUUUCAUCGAACUCUACUGUAUGGUGGAGUGACAAUGAAUCCAAGGGACCACCUUCGUCUGGUUUACGAAGCCAACCCUCUUAGUUUUCUGGUGGAGCAAGCCGGGGGCAAAGGUUCUGAUGGUAAAAGUAGAAUUCUAUCGAUUCAGCCAGUCAAGCUGCACCAAAGGCUGCCUCUGUUCCUGGGGAGUUUGGAGGACAUGGAAGAGUUAGAGAGUUACGGGGAUGUGCAACAGAAAGUGAACCCAGGAUACGAGGUUUGACAACAUC